GGGCCCCGCGGUUGGGGCGCGCUUCGUGGAGGUGGACAUGGCUUGUGGCUUCCGCAGGUCCAUCGCCUGUCAGCUUUCCAGAGUGUUGGAUCUUCCACCAGAAAACUUGAUCAAGUCAAUAUCUGCAGUUCCAAUUUCCAGGAAAGAAGAAGUAGCUGAUUUUCAGCUCUGUGUGGAUUCUCUAUUGGAAAACAACAAUGACCAUUCAAGACCAGAUGUUCAAGUUCAAGCCACAAGACUGGCAGAGAAGCUAAAAUGUGAUAGAGUGGUGAGUGAAAUCAGCACUGGUCGAGGGACUAUAAAUUUCAAAAUUAACAGAGAACUAUUAACAAAGACAGUACUACAACAAGUAAUCAACGAUGGCUCAAAAUAUGGAUUAAAAAGUGAGCUUUUCUCUGGUCUUCCCCAGAAGAAGAUUGUGGUUGAAUUCAGUUCACCUAACGUUGCCAAAAAAUUUCACGUUGGACAUUUGCGUUCUACCAUCAUAGGAAAUUUUAUAGCAAAUCUCAAAGAAGCUUUAGGACAUCAAGUAACCAGAAUAAAUUAUCUUGGAGAUUGGGGCAUGCAGUUUGGUCUUCUGGGAACUGGCUUCCAACUCUUUGGCUAUGAAGAAAAACUUCAGUCCAAUCCUUUACAGCAUCUCUUUGAAGUUUAUGUACAAGUUAAUAAAGAAGCAGCAGAUGAUAAAAAUAUAGCAAAAUCAGCACAUGAGUUCUUCCAACGAUUAGAACUGGGUGACACGCAAGCACUUGCACUGUGGCAGAAAUUUCGGGACCUCAGCAUAGAAGAAUACAUGCGGAUUUACAAGCGUCUAGGAGUACACUUUGAUGAAUACUCCGGAGAAUCAUUUUAUCGUGAAAAAUCUCAAGAAGUCUUAAAGUUGCUGGACAGUAAAGGACUCCUGCAGAAAACAGUAAAAGGAACAGCUAUAGUGGAUCUUUCUGGGAAUGGUGACCCCUCCUUAAUUUGUACUGUAAUGCGAGGCGAUGGCACUUCUCUCUAUGCAACCAGAGAUCUUGCAGCUGCUAUAGAUCGAAUGGACAAGUAUAAUUUUGAUACAAUGAUUUAUGUGACAGAUAAAGGGCAAAAAAAGCAUUUUCAGCAGGUGUUCCAAAUGCUGCAGAUCAUGGGAUAUGACUGGGCAGAAAGGUGCCAGCACGUGCCCUUUGGAGUGGUGCAGGGAAUGAAGACUCGAAGAGGAAAUGUUACUUUUCUGGAAGAUGUUCUAAAUGAGAUUCGGUCGAGGAUGCUACAGAACAUGGCUUCUAUUAAGACUACCAAAGAACUGGAGAACCCACAGCAGACUGCAGAGAGGGUCGGGCUCGCCGCACUCAUUAUUCAGGACUUCAAAGGUUUACUCUUAUCUGACUAUCAGUUCAGCUGGGAUCGUGUUUUCCAGAGUCGUGGGGACACAGGAGUCUUCCUGCAGUACACGCAUGCCCGCCUCCACAGUUUGGAAGAGACUUUUGGAUGUGGUUAUCUAAAUGAUUUCAACACUGCUUGCUUACAAGAUCCACAGUCUAUUUCCAUUCUCCAGCAUCUUCUCAGGUUCGACGAGGUGCUUUGUAGAUCAUCUCAGGACCUUCAACCCAGGCACAUUGUCAGUUACCUUCUAACUCUAAGUCAUCUUGCUGCUAUGGCACACAAGACACUGCUUAUAAAAAACAGUCCUCCCGAAGUGGCUGGGGCCAGACUUCAUCUUUUCAGAGCUGUGCGUUCUGUCCUAGCCAAUGGAAUGAAACUUCUUGGAAUAACACCUGUAUGUAGAAUGUAAUUCCUAAUUAAAAUAGCUUUCUAAAUACCAAGUGAAUUCUAGUUAUCUAUUCUUAUAUGCCUUGUUUAGAAUUUAAACUGUUAUUCUGUAUCAGAAUCUAUGUUUUAGUAAGCCUAAGUGAUUUCUCAACUUAUUAAAUCUUUAUCUAA